AUGCACGUCCACUCGAAGAUCGCGGCCGCUUCGGCCCUUAUCGCUGCAGUCCGGGCGCAGCAAGCCUGCUCACUCACGACUGAGACUCACCCGUCGCUCUCGUGGUCGACUUGCGCUUCUGGAGGCACUUGCACAACCAAGGCCGGAUCCGUCACUGUCGAUGCCAACUGGCGAUGGACACACUCUGUCAGUGGCUCCACCAACUGCUACACUGGCAAUGAGUGGGAUGCGACUCUAUGCCCUGAUGCCGCGACUUGCGCUGCUAACUGUUGCGUGGAUGGUGCUGACUACUCUGCCACUUACGGUGUCACUACCAGCGGUAACGCCAUGACCCUCAAGUUCGUUACUACUGGUGCCUACAGCACCAACAUUGGUAGCCGUCUCUACCUCAUGGCAUCGGACACUCAGUACCAGACCUUUGAGCUUCUUGGAAACGAGUUCACCUUCGAUGUUGAUGUCUCCAAGCUUGGCUGCGGUCUAAACGGAGCUGUCUACUUCGUUUCUAUGGAUGCUGAUGGUGGUUUGAGCGAGUUCUCCACCAACAAGGCUGGUGCCAAGUAUGGCACUGGUUACUGUGACUCUCAAUGCCCUAGCGAUGUCAAGUGGAUCGACGGUCUUGCCAAUUCCGAGGGCUGGGAACCUGCAUCCAACGACAAGAACGCUGGUACUGGUGGCAAGGGUGCCUGCUGCUCCGAGAUGGAUAUCUGGGAAGCCAACAGCAUCUCCACCGCUUACACCCCCCACCCUUGUACGGACACUGGCUACCACUCUUGCGAGGGCGAUGCCUGCGGUGGAACCUACUCUUCUGACCGCUACGCCGGUGACUGUGAUCCUGAUGGCUGUGACUUCAACAGCUACCGCCAGGGCAACAAGACCUUCUACGGACCCGGCUCCAGCUACACUCUCGACACCACCCAGAAGCUUAGCAUUGUCACUCAGUUCCUCACCGACACCGCUGGUGAGCUUAGCGAGAUCAAGCGCUUCUACGUCCAAAACGGCAAGGUUAUCCCCAACUCCCAGAGCACUAUCGCUGGUGUGACCGGAAAUUCUAUCACUGAGGACUACUGCUCUGCUCAAAAGACUGCCUUCGGUGACACAAAUGUUUUCGACCAGCGUGGCGGUCUCGCUCAGAUGGGCAAGGCCCUCGCUGAGCCCAUGGUCUUGGUUAUGUCUUUGUGGGAUGAUCAUGCUGCCAACAUGCUCUGGCUCGACUCUACCUACCCUGUCGACUCGACGUCCGCCGGUGCCGCCCGUGGCACUUGCGCCACCACUUCCGGUGUCCCCGCUGACGUUGAGGCAAACCAAGGAAGUUCCACCGUUGUCUACUCCAACAUCAAAUUCGGUCCCAUCGGCUCGACUUUCAGCAGGUGA